AUGGCGAAGAGCAAUGACUUCAGGCUGAUGACAUCAGGGGCUGACUACGCCACGCGCUCUCCCUGCACCGCGACACGCCGUGCCUGCGCCGUGCCGCACCAUGCCGCUCACCCCUCCCCGGUGCUGUUCCCAGGCGUGGGCUACGGGAUGAUGGUGGUGUCCACGUACAUCGGGAUCUACUACAACGUGGUGAUCUGUAUUGCCUUCUACUACUUCUUUGUGUCCAUGACGCGCGUGCUGCCCUGGGCGUACUGCAGCAAUGCCUGGAACACGCCCGACUGCGUGGGGGUGCUGGACGGGAACCUCUCCAGCCGCGCUGCCCUCAACCUCACCCGCUUCCUCAACACCACCCAGAAGCGCACCAGCCCCAGCGAGGAGUACUGGAGGAGGGACGUGCUGGACCUGUCGGGCGACAUCGGGAACCUGCUCUUCUACUCGGUGGGCUGUGCCUGGGGUGGGCUCAUCACCAUGGCCUCCUAUAACAAGUUCCACAACAACUGCUACCGGGACAGCAUCAUCAUCAGCAUCACCAACUGCGCCACCAGUGUCUACGCUGGCUUCGUCAUCUUCUCCAUCCUGGGCUUCAUGGCCAACCACCUGGGUGUGGAUGUCUCCAAGGUGGCCGACCACGGCCCCGGCCUGGCCUUCGUCGCCUACCCCGAGGCCCUCACCCUGCUCCCCAUCUCACCCCUCUGGUCCGUCCUCUUCUUCUUCAUGCUCAUUCUCCUGGGGCUGGGCACAGAGUUCUGCCUGCUGGAGACACUGGUCACAGCCAUUGUGGACGAGGUGGGCAACGAGUGGAUCAUCCGCAGGAAGACCUUUGUGACGCUGGGGGUGGCCGUGGCAGGCUUCCUGCUGGGUGUCCCGCUCACCAUGCAGGCUGGCCUCUACUGGCUGAGUUCUAAAGUAUCCUAG